AUGACAACCUCGGUGCUCCUCCAUCCACGCUGGGCCGAGCCGGUGAUGUUCCUCUACGACAACAGCUUGGAUGAGAUUAACAAGAACAUGGAAGGCUUUGCAGGAAGCAAUUUUGCAGCCAACCAGUGCAGGAACCUGAUGGGGCACCCUGCACCCCUGGCCCCCAGCAGCGCUUACCCCACCAGUGAGGUGCCAGUGUCUGGCAUUGCUGAACCUGUCAAACAGUGCAGCCCCUGCUCUGCAGUGCAGAGCUCUUCCAGUGCCAGUCUGCCCUAUGGAUAUUUUAACACCCAGUAUUACCCCUGCAGGAUGAGCCACCACAACACCAUCAAGUCCUGCUCACAGCCCUCCUCCUUUGCAGACAAAUACAUGGACACCUCGGGAUCUGCAGGGGAAGAGUUCUCCUCCAGGGCCAAGGAGUUUGCUUUCUACCAGGGCUAUGCCACAGGACCCUACCAGCCAGUCCCUGGCUAUCUGGAUGUGCCUGUGGUGUCCACUAUUGGAGCUCCAGGAGAAGCCAGGCAUGAGUCCUUACUGCCCAUGGAAGGCUACCAGCCCUGGGCUAUCACUAAUGGCUGGAAUGGGCAGGUCUACUGCUCUAAGGAUCAGGGACAACCAACACACCUUUGGAAAUCCACCCUGCCGGGUAAAAACCACCUGCUUUUCCACUGCUAAAAGAUAUCCCCCUUCGCCAUAUAUCACAUGACAUGAUGUAAUAUGAUGGGAUAUAAUAGCAGAUAUAUGAUGUGAUCUAUAUAAUAAAUAGCAGGCAAAUAGCUCAUUGACUGCAGAGGAUGGAUAUUUCUUUAUACUCCAAAUAUAUUUAGCAUAAGAAGUAUUCCUCUUUUCCUGUCAAUUAACCACAGCCUUAUUAAAACUGACUAUCAUUUUGAGUUAGAAUUUACAUUUUAUUUUUUAUUUUAUUUUUUGUGCCUCUUUUUAUGUCAACAAUAUGUGUUGUUUCGUUUUAAAGGCUGUAAUUUAUAUAAUGAUGUCUUCAUAUUUAUUUAGAAAAGUAUGAAUAAAUAUAUUCAUAUAUUCUGCUAUAAUAUAUUUAUAUCUAACUAUGUGUGUGUAUAUAUAUAUAUAUUCUUCUAUACUAUAUUUACAUGUGUGUGCAUGUGUUAAGGAAUGUUGCAUGUAUUAUAUAUAUAUUAUUCUCUAUUUCCCUUUGUUUAAUAUUGCUGAGCUGAUGUCCCUGUCUAUACUUUCCCUUUUCCAGACGUGGUGUCCCAUCCUCCUGACGCCAAUUCCUAUAGGCGAGGCAGAAAGAAACGUGUCCCCUACACCAAGGUACAACUUAAAGAGCUAGAAAGGGAAUAUGCUACAAAUAAAUUUAUUACCAAGGACAAGAGAAGAAGAAUAUCUGCAACAACCAACCUCUCAGAGAGGCAGGUCACUAUCUGGUUCCAAAACAGGAGGGUUAAAGAAAAAAAGGUAAUUAAUAAACUGAAGACCACGAGUUAAUGGACAAAGAAGGAGAGAAUUCUGGUUCUGGAACUCAGCCACCCUGGCAAAAGGUUAAUCAAAGCUCAUCUUCUGGACCUCACGAACAAGGUUUUGAGAAAAACACAUUUUUGGGCGUGGGUGGGGGAGGGGGGGAGCAGCAGCAGAGAGAGAGACUUAUUGCAUUUUGUAAUUAUUUGAGAAGGCCAGAACUCACCUCUCUAUGGGAAGGAGUGCUCAAUCAAGCCAUGGAGAUAUUUGUAAAUUCUUAAAAAAAAAAAAAAAAACAUUAAAAAAUAAAAUGUCGAUGUGGCAUAAUAGGAAUGAUGAUUUUUUUUUUUUAAAGAGACACAUAGCAUGUAAUCAAGAAGCGAUUUAAGUCGAGAAUUUCAGUCUAAUAAUUUCGCUUUGCAUCUUCAAACCAGACUGCAUGUUGAGUGGCUGCUCAGGUAAAUUAUAGAUGUAACAUGUACUGUAUGCUUAAUCUAUACAUUCUGAUAUAUUAAGGGUGUAUUGUGAGUUGUUGUUUUCUAAAUUGUACAGCUAUGGCAAGCCAUUUUAUUCUGGGUGAAGUCGUGGGCGAGGGGGCAGUAUACAUUGAACGACUUACAAAAUUUCCAACUUGAAAAAAAUAAUAAUAAUAUUAAUAAUAAUAAUAGAAACACAAAGAUAAAUAUUUGGCAAUAUUACCAAUACUGGGCGUUUUUGCAACGAUCAUAUUAAUAUUUCCUUUAAAAUGGCUUCGUACAUUAAAACAUUAUGAAUUUCACCCCUUCAGGCAAAGGAAAAUUUAAGCUACAUAAGACAGGGAGAUUCAUUAAAAUUCGAUUGUGUACAAAUGUAAAAUUUGCUAUGUUCGAACACACAACAUAAAAUACUGCUAGUCGCUAGACUGGGGAUUUUUAUAGGUUAAUAUAAAAAAAAAAGAACAUCAUUUUUUUAUUUUAUUUUUUUAUUAUUUUUAAUUAGGCCCUGUUAGUGAAUGGUAAACAAUCGUUUUCAGCACUUUUAAUCUAAUCAAUUAUUUGAACAAAAAAAUCAUCAUUUUCCCCCCCCCUUUCUACUCACUUUAAAAUGUAAUCAUGUAAAUAAUAAAUUAGCGCACUGUGAACUUUUAUUUGUGCACCCUUAAUUUUUAUUUCGUCUUAUAAUGUAUAUAAAUUGAAUAUUUAGUUUACUUGUCAAAGCUAUAGACAUGUCUUAAUUGUGUUGUCUGAAGUAAAAAAAAAAAAAAAAAUUACCGUUUAUUCAUAUUAAUUGAAGCUUGACAAUCCAUAUUAUUUAGAAAAAUCUAAUUCGUGUAUUCCUUAAGCAAUUCAUAUUAUUGCUGUCAGUGGUAUUAUAGCGUGCCCGUUCUAAGCCCAUAAAUUUGUGUGUUUACUAAAAGUGUCUGCAAGAUCAGGUGCAAUGCAAUAAUCAAGGCAUUAUUUUUAACUCAGACAUGCCUUUUCGGCAGAAAUUUCUUUUUUUUUUUUAAAUCCAAGUCUCUAUACGACUGUUGAAAUGACUGGAUUGAAAGGGCUUGAAACCUUGACCUUGGAGAAAACAGACAAAAGUAUGACCUUGACUUCUGACAGCUCAUGAAUAGCAUCAUAGUGAUAAAUAGAUCAAUUGCGCCAUCUGGUGUUCAAACGUAUUUCUGCAGCUGAUGUUUAAUACCAAUACACAACUGAUUUUUAUUAGUAUUUAAAUAUGUAACUAAUUAAAUAAUUCUAAUUACACGUGCUAUCGAAUAUUAUUUGACUUUUGUGAUUUAAUUUUACACUGUUUUUUAUUUAGAUGGUAAAGUGUUAAGUGGUAUAUGGCAUUUUCUAUUACAAAAUUCUCAGAACAAUCUAUAUAUUUUGAGGACCAUACGAAAAUAUGUUUUAGAUCAAAAUAAUCAAACCAAUUUCAUUCUCAGGCCAACACUCACAUUGCUAUGUUGUUUCUCUGCUGUUCCUUGUUCAAUUUAAAUACUAUUAAUCGAGAUUUCAGGCAAAUUACACAACAGUUUUAAGAUGUGCAUAUUGAAAAUUAUACCAAAAAAGUAAAUGAUUAAAUAAUCUGAAAGUAAUAUGCAUUAAACAUUAUAUUAUUAAGGAUACAUGCAUAUUUAUACAAUCUGUGAAAUAUUUCUGUUUCCAAAUAGAAAACACUUGGGAAAAGUUGGGGCUAUUUUACUAAUUUACUCACUAACUUUAAAAUAAAAGCCAUGCACUCUUAUUUAUAUCUUCUAAAUAGUAUUGUAUGUUAUAAUAUAUACUGUUUAUCUAUACACGUGUAUAUAUUAUGUAAAUAAGUAAUUAAAUAUUAAUAUUCAUGUAGAUAUAUACUAUAUUCUGCGUUCAUAUAUAUUAUAUAUGUAUGAUAUAUAUCAACAUAGAAUACACUAUAUAUUUACAAGGGCAUUCAUUUAUAUAUUUAUAUAUAUAUAUUUUAAUUUUUAUUUCAACGCUAAGUAAAGUAUAUAUUUAUGAGUGUAUGUAUAGAUGGAUGGAUAGAUAGAUAGAUAGAUAGAUAGAUAGAUAGAAUUUAUUUAAACGCAUGUGUAUACUAUAUUUAUUUAUUUAUUUAUUAAACAUUUUACCAGGAAGGAUACAUUAAGAUUUAUCUCGUUUUAAGUAUGGCUGGGUAGAUUAUUUUGGGUUAUAACAUGGAUUGAAGGUAUAUAGACACACAAAUACACACAAUGUAUACGUUGCGUUGUCUGUAAAAAAAUUUUUAAAUAAUAUUUUUCUCAAUAUUCAUAAUUAGAGGAGAGAAUUAAGGAAUAGGGGCAUCUAUCGUAAAAACAAUAUAACAAUUGAUAUACAAUUAAAAUAUAAAUAAGUUGAUUUAACGUGAAAUGAAGUGAUAUAUAUAUAUAUAUAUGUUACAUGUAUGUGUGGAUCAAUGUAUAACUUGCUGAAGUAGUAAUACAGUCUUUUUUAUCGCCGGUGAAAAACAAUAUUGCACACUGUAUAAUGAGAAAGACAGAGACAGCGAUUUGUGUUAAAUGGGUGUGUUAAACUCCAGCUUGGAACACUUGGGCCAGCAGAUCAGAGUAGAUAUAAUAUCGCCAAUAAUACUACAUUAUCAAUCUUUCUUUUUCAAUUCGGCUAAUAUAUAUAUAUACACUUUCCAAGUUCUCGCUACAGACUAUUUACUAAACAGCGAGAUGUGGUGAUGAAAGAACUGCAGGUUAAACGAAUAAAUAGGAAGAAUGUAUCGUGUCCAGCUCAGUUGAGGGUUUUUUCACACUUUGGCUAUUUUAUUCUAAUUAUUAUCAUCUCACAAUCAGUUGGGAUUGUUUUUUUUUCUUCAAGAAUUGGCCCACAGAACAAUUCUUAAUAUUUAUUAGUUAAUUGAGAGAAAUAUUCCCCAGUAAACAUUAAGUGUAACUUUUGAAACGUUCAUUUAAAUGAGAUUGCUCAAUUUAAUUUGGUUUCUUAGAUGUUGUGUUUCUGUUUAUUUGUUUCUGAUAAGCAAUUAGAACCCCGAAAAAGUUACAAGUACAUCAUAUAUCUAUCUAACUGCAUCUAACUGCAUGGAUACUGGAAUAUCUGUCAAUAGAAAUAUUAGUAAACUAUUUAAUAGUUUUUAAAAGUUAUACAUUUUCCCUGUGUGUUUUUUAUAGCAGAACAAAGGCCUCUCUCUCUCUGUCUGUCUCUCUCUCUUUAAAUAUAUAUGUGUGUGUGUGUGUGUGUGUGUGUGUGUGUGUGUGUGUGUGUGUGUGUGUGGCAUAUCUAUAAGAUAGAUAGAUAGAUAGAUAGAUAGAUUUUUGCAAGUUAUUUACUUGCUAGAUAAUAUUUAAAAAUAUGUUUAAUGAUGUUGUGGCCUGCUCAUUUAAUAAGAAUGGUUAUACUAUAUUAUAAAAUAUUAUUAUAUUAUAUUAUAAGUACUUGUAAUUAUGCAUUUUAUGAUAUCUGGUUCUCUAGAGAGCGUGCAUGAUUGAUAAUCUAUGAGGAAUCACGGUUUGCGUGUCUCCCAUUGACUCAUCUCAACACUUUGGAGUGCUCUAAUGUGACAAUCCCCUUUGUAAAAUUUUAUUCUCCAAAUAUAUUUAAGAACGAGAGAAAUGUGUCACUCAGCCCAAACCUCUGCUAGGAAAAUUAAUAUUUCAACAGAGCAUCCUUGGGACAGCAUUAAAAGAUUACUACAGGUCCAACUUUAUUAGUUAUAGAAUGUCUUAAUUUCCAUAGAACUAAAUACUAGACAACUGGUGACAUUCUACAUGUGCCAACGAGUUCAUAAAAGUCCCUGCUCGCGAUUAACAGGUUCUGAAAAGUCCACCAAGCUGUGGCCAGUUGUAUUAAUUCAGUAAAGUCUUGUGUUUUCUAUGGGAACAAGAAUUCUCCUAGUAGCAUAGAUGUGGAGGCUGAAUGCAGCAAUGGCGGUGGUUUUAAAUGGCCAUUAUUUUCCAUCUUGUCACAUUGUGUCUGAUUAUCAAGUUGUCUUGGUUGCUAUGUCUCCAGGUUGUAUAAAUACUGAGCAAGGUAAUUAAAUCACACCUGCAAUAUUAAUGUACACCAUAAACCAUUCUAAUUAAUGAUGACAACCCAGACCUGUGCAUGCUGGAGCCAUAAUAUCUAAUGAUUUCUCAACCCUACACUCCAUUUAAAUUCUGACUCCCCACCCCUCUCCUCCUCCUCCAUUUCCCUCCUCUUUUACCCUUUUUCCUGUUUCAGGUUAACCUUGAUCUUGCGCCUGUGGCCGAAACGUUAAUUUUCUAAUUUUUUUUUACAAAUUGUAUUAUUUACUGUUUAUGAAUGUGUUUUGUCUACGUGCAUAGGUAAUACGAUAGAUAGAUAGAUAGAUAGAUAGAUGGAUAUAUAGAUAGCAUCGUUGCCCAUUUGUUUGUGUUAAAUAUUAUCCUUGCUUAGGGUUGAUACAUAGUGUAUUGUAAGCUAAUCUUUUGUUGUAUUGAGUCCAUGUGUAUUCAACUCAUGAUAUUAUUUAUUGAAGAGAUCAUGUCAGUAUUGCAUCAGUUUGAUUCUAAAUUUUGAUUCUAAAUUCUGACAGUUAUUGCAUGGCGUUUGAGUCUGGAGAUGCCCAGAGUUGGGCGAGUGGCCUAUUAUCUGAGAGCCCUGGCUAGGGUGGCUUGGCUUCAUCAUUCAGAGCUCUGGCUUGCUGGCUUGAGAUAUAUCACUGUGAUUACUAAACUGAUUGCCAGGCGACUAGAACAAUACUGAUCCAUCAUAACAUCUGGGAAUCUCAAGGUAAAGCGAAAACUACUAAUGCUAGAACGAUCAUUAUAAUCCAUUUACUGUGUCAUAACAUGGGUCGUCUUAAUCUUCCUAUCAUGUAAUAAUGCUGGUCACAAUAAAAAACAAACAAACCUUACAGUUGCAAAACACGUGCUUAUGGUUUAUAUAUUAAGAUACUUAUUGUUACAUUAUAUACAAUUAUAUGGCAAAUGUAAACAAGAGUGUUAUGUGCAAUAUCUAUCUGUCUAUCUAUCUAUCUAUCUAUCUAUCUAUCUAUCUAUCUAUCUAUCUAUCUAUCUAUCUAUCUAUCUAUCUUUCUAUCUGUCUAUCUAUCUAUCUAUCUAUCCGUUCUUUUGUUAACCCUUAAUUUAUUCCCAAACUAUUUCAUUGAAUGUUAUAUAUAUAUAAUACUACAUUAGAUUAAAUAGUUUCGGCAUAUUUAAUCUUGCUUUUUAAUCCUAUUAUUAAUAUGCCUGUAACAUUACCAAACAUAUUGUUUAUUUUGCACACGUGAUUUAUAUUUCAAAAUUGAACACAGAUUAUUUUUAUACUAUUUCCUUUUCUAUAGUGCAGAGACAUACAUAUUCAAAAACAUAAAAUUACACAGCACGCAUAUACAGGAGAGAUAGACCUACAAUAAAUACAUUUUAAAAAAUGUAAAAUUACUAGAAAAUAUAAUUAAAUACAUUGGUAAUUAUCCACAACAAAAGGGACAAAAUGCCCUUGUCGAAAUGUAAACAAUUGAUGUGUAAUGAAGUGGAAAAAUGAAGCUCAGGCAAAUUGUCAGUAAACAUAUUUUUAAUUUUUUUCAAAUGUUUUUAAUACAAUUUAAAUCAUAUUGCAAAUAGACAUACCCCAUGUUUUCUAUACUGAUUCCUAAUUAGGCAUUACAAUCAAUUAUAAAAGAAUUUGGUCUGGGAUUUAGAUUUGCAUACUAUUUAAGAAAUGCCUUAUUAAAGUAAUUCCCAUGUCAACAAGUUUGUCUGUGUCACUAUAAAAACAAACACAAAUAAACAAUAAUACCAUGAGUGCUAUGACCCCGAAUUCCUUAUAUCUAUUUUCUAAUAUAAUUUAGAUGGCCAGAUUAAUUUGGAAACCUUAAAAAAAAGAUGCAAAAUAUAAUAUACAAUGUUAAAUGCUUCCCUUGUAAAUUAACAUUUUGUAUAUUACUCUUCGUGACCUCAAAAUAUCUGUCUAAUGGGGAAGCCUAGGGUUGUUGUGCUAAUGCAGAAACAUUAAUGUCACAAUAGUAUUUUAAAUAUCCUAAUUAACACUAAAGGCAAACAUUUUUAAAACAUUUUUUGUUUAUUUUUUGCUUGGCUCCUGAAGCCUCUAGUCCCUAUUUACAAAUACACACUAUCACCCAUACGAAUUCAACUAAAUUCAUAAAUAAUUUUGCUACUCUCAUUUUCGACACACCAGUGCUUGUUUUUGUGUGUUUAUGCAUGUAUGUAUGUAUUUAUUUAUAAUAAAAAUACUGAUCGUAGGUCAAGUUCAGUGUUGCAUUGAUGUUGUGAUUAUGUGUGCACUGAUACAUUGAAGCAACAUUAGUUCGCUGGUUAGAACUGAGGUUACUUUGUGUUGUACUUAAUAUUGUAACACAAAUCUAAAUGUCCAUUAUUUUAUUAAAUUUUUUGGAAGUAUUUUUAUUAUUAUUUAUUUUAUUUAGGCACACUGAGAUGCCUUUAUGGCAUUUGCCAGCAUGGUGUCCCUGAUGGAAAUGUCCCCAGUCAGUGUUGUCCCAUAUAGGAGAACCUAGCUAUGGCAGUAGUUACUGGUUGUUUAAGUGCUUCUAUAAGGGACUGGUGUUGGAUUUCAAUGGCUGUGCCUACAUUUGUUGAAGCAAGCUCUCCAGAUCCUGCCAGACGGUCUAGACUGCACGUUUUCACAACACUGAAAUUGCCUGCAAUAAGCACAAUGACUUGCACCUGUAAAUGGGCCACUAAAAUGAAUACACUAUAUGGUUCUUUAAUUAUUGUAUGACACCAAGUGCACAGCAGCCAGGACUUGUUCACUUAAGUUUGGAGGAAACAGCAAAUAUUGUGUGUUUUGAAAUACAUGCUCUGUCUUCAAUGGGAUUAGUUUCUAAACAAAAUAAAAAAAAUACAAUUUUUAAAAAUUGAAAAAAAUGCAUGAUUCCUCAAUAUAAGAAAACUGCAAUAUUAAUCUAGUGUCAAACUGCACUAUAGGCGUUUAGAAGUGCAUCAUCAGACUAGUAUAAUAUUUAUUUAUUUAAAUGUAUGCAAUAUCAAUCCUAUACUGCGUAUUUCAUGUAUGUUUAUAUAUUGUUAUAUCGAGAUUUACAGCACUGUGUAUCUGGUUAUAUAAACAUAGUUAUGUAUAAGUGUGUGUGUGUGUGUGUGUGUGUGUGUGUGUGUUUAAUGAAGGUAUGUGUUCGUGAUAAUGUAUGUUGUAGGUUGCAGCGAGAAAUAAAUAACAUUUUAUAAAUAGAUUUCAAAAUAAUAUUGUAUCGUUAACCAUAGGUAGAGUCAUUUUUAAAUUGUUUGUGAUAUUUAUUUAUUUAUUUGGGUGGUUACAAAUGCAAAAAGAAAAAAGAAGAAGAAAAAAAAAACCUUAAAAUUGGCUCCUGUUUUUUUCCUGUUUAAUUUCUAACACUUUACAUGUUGUUUAUUGCACUCAGAAAAUCCCAGAUUAGUGCUAUGCUGUUUUAAAGAAAAUCAUUUGCUGAUUUUCGAUAUUUCUCAAGUCCCCCUCACGUAAAAUAAAUAAGGCCAGUUAUUAUUUGUAAAUCAUAUAUCUUAGAAAUGUUUUAUAAAUCCAAAUAUAAUUGUUAAUGCUUUUCUAAAGAAGAUUUGGGUGAAAUUAUUCAUAUUUUCAUUCUGGAACUUUAAAAAGUUAAUGAAAGAAAUGAAAAUGUGAUCGAUUAAACCCGCGGGUAUAGGCAGAACUAGGGAUAUUUCAUGAAACAUAAUGUAAAAACAUGUCGACAAUGGCUUAGCUGACAAUUACUGUGUUGGGUAUUGAAAGUAAAGUCAGUGUAUGUAUAAGGCAACUAUGUAUUUCUCGAAUACACACAAGGAAUAAGGAUGGUGCGGAAUAGAGACCAGACGCUACUCUAAGGGGGUUUAUUUACUAACCAGCGACCUGUGAUGAGCUGAUUCAGACAUGUCAAUCAAGUGUAGAAGGCAGGCCAGAAUCGAUACAUUGGAGAAUUCUAGAACUCGGCUGAUUUAGGACGAUUUAAGGACAGUGUGGCCUACAUUGGGUUAACAAGUCACAGUUUAGUGGAUCCACCCCACAUGCAAGUACUGCUGUCUGUGUUAAGGUCAAUUACAAGUCCAGAUAAAAUGUUCCAGAAAGAUGAUUGCCAGACAAAUUUUUUAGAAGUCUAGGCUCAGUGUGAAGUGCACAUUCAGUCGGUGAAGCCCUGCAGACCCUUCUAGUGGCCCUUUGUCUGCUUGCUGCCUUGUGUGUGUGUGUAGGGUGAGCUGGCUCCCCACCCAGUCAGAGGAUGUUAAAUCCUGUAAAUAAAAUCCCUGCUUGCUCCCAUACAAACCUGAUUGGAAAGGUGCAAGUGAUAUCACAGAGGGAGAACAUGUGCAGAUGGCAUGGAGGUGCUGUCUCCUGUGAGGCUGUGCUUGGGCCAGCCAUGUCUGCUUGACACAGGCUGAAGUUGACUGCCAAAUGUGCCAUAAACCCGCAGGGUCAGGCUAGAGCUGCUCUCUGCAUCUUGACGCGCCGACUUCAAUUAUAGCCCUAAAAGCCCAAUACAACGAGAAGGUUUUGUUUUCCUUUGCAGAGGCGGAGCGAGCCUGGGCCAUGGGGGAGCCUUUGUCUCAUGGUCAAGAAAUCUGUGUCCAGAUGUCUAUCCGUCUUCUCCUACUUUCCUAUCUAUCUAUAUAUCUAUUUAUCUAUCUAUCUAUAUAUCUAUUUAUCUAUCUAUCUAUAUAUCUAUUUAUCUCUCUGUCUGUCAGUCUGUCUGUCUGUGUAACUGUCUGUAUAUAGCUAAUUUGAUAUGAAUCAUUUAAUAUCUCUCUCUCUAUCUAUCUAUCUAUCUAUCUAUCUAUCUGUCUGUCUGUCUGUCUAUCUAUCUAUCUAUCUAUCCGUCUGUCUAUCUAUCUAUCUAUCCAUCUAUCUAUCUCUCUGUCUGUCUGUCUGUCUGUCUGUCUGUCUGCCUGUGUAACUAACUGUCUGGCUAUAGCUAAUUUUAUAUGAAUCAUAUAUGAAUAAUUUAACAUCUAUCUAUCUAUCUAUCUAUCUACCUGUCUAUCUACCUUUCUGUCUGUCUGUGUAACUUACUGUCUGUUGUAUAUGAAUCUUUUAAUAUCUAUCUAUCGUGUGAAUAAUAUAUUGUAUAUCCAACAGUUAAUCUAAUAUUAAUCUUUGAAUGUUCUAUCCAUAUAUCUAUUCAACAGCCAAUUUUAUAUAAACCAUGUGAUGUUCUAUCUAGCUGUCUGUCGGUCCGCCUGCCUCUGUCUGUCUGUCUAUCUGUCUAUCUAUUAUUUUUUUCUGUCUUGUAGGUGUUUGUGCAUGUUUGUCUUUCUUACUGUUUUCCAUUCAUUUGAUUUUGUAGAAUAUAUUGUUUAAGUACAUCUAUAUCCCGAGCAAAAUAUUUAGGCCCUUGAUGUGAAUGCCUUAUCACCAGUAGCACUAUGUGCCUAAUUAAUUACUUAAUUGAAAAUAAAAAUAAUAACAUUAAGAAUGUCACUUCCACGCGCUUCUGCUGGAUUGUGUGUGUCUGUGUGUCUAUAUUUUGAGCAGCAGAAUUAUUCUAGAGAUUGCUGAUGCAUGUGAUACAUAAACAUGCCCACAACAAACACACACACACACACACACACACACACAAACACACACAUGCACAUAACAGGAGAGCAGAAAUUAACAAAUACACACAUAAAAUAUGCCUAUGUGUUUUUGUUUGUUUGUUUUUCAGAAUAUGUAUGAGUUUGUUACUUUGCAUUUGUAAUUGUGCUUGUCUGUUUAUCAUAAGUGUGUGAUUCUUAAUAUAAAAAUUAAGAAUCAUAUACGUUUUGAUUACAAAAAAACAAACCAACAGAGUGUAUUUAUUUCAUUUCAUCUGUAUUGUUAUAAGAUUGUAUAUCUGUGUGUGUGUCUCUCUCUGCCUAUCUGUCUCUGUCUCUCUCUGUCUCUCUCUCUCUCUCUCUGUCUUUCUCGUUCAUGUAUAAAUAAUCAUCACGUUUACAUUAAAUGUUUUGGAAAUAACUCAUUUUUCACACUUCUACACUGUCUCGCUUUUCAUUUUUAUUCUUAAAUACAGCAUACUAGCAGAACACAGUGCAUGUGACAAGAAGAUUGCACAAAGGUCUGUGAGAGAAUAUCUUACAUUUCAAGGAAUUUUAAAUCAGGAGUUAUAUAAUGAACACAUUCCAACCUAUACCAAGAGAAAACACAAUCCAUUUACAGUUUUAUUGAAAGGAUUAUCUGCUAGGCACUAUCUUACAUUCUCUCUCAGCUCUGCAGAGAAAACAGUGAUCUAAGCAUUUUGUUCGGUUAGGAAGGGAGUGGGUACACUGAGCCUUGUGAUCCAAUGCUACAACAUAUCCCCUGUCCCCACCCUACAAGCCUCUGCUCCUAGAACAAGCAGACAGAGGGAACACAUGGCAUUGUGUUUUCUGUGAUUUUUGUUUGUGCAGCAAUGAAGUUGAACCCUAUAGCCGUCUGAUUCCAUGCAUUCCUUUGCACUUCACUGAGACAUCUUCUCCCUAGAGGUUUUCCAAGAAAGGUAAAGUGUCAGGGGGAGAGGGGGGAGAAAUUGGAAGGGGGGGUGGAGAGGGGGUUGUUGGCCAGGGAGCAAAGACUUUAUUUUACACCAAAUGCUGCAGAAUCUUCAGAAGCAAUAAAAUGAGAUACAACCGGGAGUCCCUUCUCUGCAAGACUGAGGGAGUCCCCUAGGCACGCUGCGCGUAACCACAUUCUUCACCAAGGUUCUAAAUAGAACGUUGCCUUCACCAAGGUUCUCUCCCCCUCCAGGAGACCAAGAAAAGGCAUGAGUUACAUUGCAGAUUACAUGCUUCUAUGAAACUUGCAAGUGACGAUCUGUUGCUUCCCUUGAGAUGCCUACAAAGAGAAGGGACCUAUACUUGCAGCUUGUCAAUUUCAACAUCUGAUCACAUGAUCAGCACCUCCCUGCUAAGGACGGGGUUAGAUUUCCACGUCAGCUUACGUCUUCCAAUUUCUACUUCACGGAUCUGCUUCAAAGAGGCAGCUGCAUUAGAGAAUCAUGUUAAGCUCAGCUAAUGCGGACAGCCCGAGGUAGCCCCCAAUGAUGGAUUUUGAUGAACGUGUUCCUUGCUCCUCUAACAUGUACUUGCCAAGUUGCACUUACUACGUUUCGGCUCCUGAUUUUUCCAGCCUUCCUUCAUUCUUACCCCAGACCCCAUCCUCUCGUAACAUGACCUAUCCUUAUUCUUCAAACCUACCCCAGGUCCAGCCAGUGAGGGAGGUAACUUUCAGGGAAUAUGCCAUAGACACCUCCAGUAAGUGGCAUCACCCCAGGAGCAAUCUGCCCCAUUGCUAUUCAGCAGAGGAGAUCAUGCACAGGGACUGCCUUCCUGCCUCCAACCCUGCUGGCAUGGGGGAAAUGUUUGGAAAAAAUGCUUCUAAUGUCUACCACCCCAAUGCCAACGUUUCCACCAAUUUCUAUAGCACAGUGGGCAGGAAUGGGGUCCUUCCUCAAGCCUUUGACCAGUUCUUUGAGACUGCCUAUGGCAACAUUGAGAAUCAAAGCUCUGACUAUUCUGUGGAGAAGAACUGCGACAAGGUAUCAGGGAGUGCAGCCAGCACUCUGAGUGCGGAGCCGGCCUGCAGCAGGGACCCAGAGGAGAAGGACAGGCCAGCAGACAGCAGCAGAAGUAGCAGCUCCCACUCAUCUUCCGGUAACAAUGAGGACAAAGCCAGCAGCUCCAGUAUGUAUGACUGCUCCUGCCCCAAUGAAAGCCUCUGCAAUCUAGCGCACUGCUGUUAAAAUUUUAUAUGCUGUUUUAUAAGCAUAUAAGGUUUAUAGAGGGCCUUUUAGAUUUCCCCCCAACAAAACUUUGUUAUAAAAGGCGAGAUCACGUGUUUAGCACUGAAAUUGGCCGUGAAACACAGGGACCAAUGGAUGCAUUAAGACAAUCCUUCCCCCCACUCUCUUUUCCCCUUUUUUUUCCUCUAAAAAACUCUGGGGUCGGUUUUUGUAGAGAAUAGAGUAAGGAAGAAUUUAAACCAAUAAACUAACACACAAAAGCAAGCUGCAUGCUUUGAUAUCAGUGUGAUGUGUGCAUGCCUCAGACAGCAGGAACUUUUCUGACACUUGUAGUUUUUUAAUUUGGGGGUUUUUUUUGUGUGUGUGGGCUAAACAAGGAAAUAUUUUAAAUUCCACUUGGAUAUUUUAUAUACAAUGCAAGGUAUGGUCAACAGUUAUUUAAAUUCUGUCUGAUGACGCCAAAUGCCUUGCAUUGUUUAGAGUGAGGUUUUUAAAAAAAAUAUAUAUAUAUAUUUUUAAUUUUUUAGCAUUAUUAUAUUCUUUUUAACCAAUAUUGUGCAUGCUAGAGAAAACCUAGAGAACUGUGUGUUUUUAAUUAAAUUCAAUGAUAGCAUGGCAGAGAGGCUAAGGUCAUUACGUGUCAAAAUAAUUAAAAUCUUAAUAUAAAAUAUGUAUUCUUUUAAUGUAGUCAAAGUGAUUUUCCCAGUGCUAGGGGUAUAUGGAUUCUAUGCAUACAAUGUAUAGUGUAAUUACAAAAGUAAUAGAAUCUGCUUCUCCAGGGGAUUUUUAUAAUGCAAGGCAAAGAGUUGCUGAUUUAAUAGCAAUUAUAAAAAUGAUAUCAUAAAAGGGCUUGCUUUAAAAUGAAUGCACACAGCCCAUUCAGUUUACAGGUUAUCCUAUUGGUAAUAAGGUAUGUGCUUCCUUUAUAAGUAGAAAAUCCUUUAAAGUAAAAAGAGGUUAUUCAUUAAACAUCUAAUUAUUGAGAGCUGAACACCGAAUUGCAAAAUGCAGGCAAUAUAGCCACAUUUUGACUAUAUUUGUCAUGUAAAAUCCAUCCAUAUUGGUGAUCUGUGCUCACAUUUUGCAAUUCAGUUUUGAAUUCCUUACAAUCUGGUGCUAAGUGACUUAUAACCAAUGUUUUUGAUCAGCCAUCAGUAGGGUAAAUUCGCUUGCGAAUGUUCGGGUUUCUCUGGAGAUAGUGAACUAUGGCCCUUGUUACAAUAUAACAUAUUUGUUAUAAUUCCACAGGUGGACAGCGUACACGUAAAAAGAGAUGUCCUUACACAAAGUAUCAAAUUAGAGAACUAGAAAGGGAGUUUUUCUUCAGUGUUUACAUCAACAAAGAGAAGCGCCUCCAACUAUCACGGAUGCUCAACUUAACCGACAGACAAGUCAAAAUUUGGUUCCAAAACAGAAGAAUGAAAGAAAAAAAAAUUAACAGGGACAGACUUCAGUAUUAUAGCGCUAACCCUCUGCUAUGA